CUCCGCGCUUCCUUAAGGACGAACGCUCUACACACACCUCUUGUCAUUCUACAGUCUUCAUAUAUCAUUAGUACUAGUCUCCUUAAUCCAGCACCAAAACCCUAAUCCCGAUGGCGAUAAUUUCAGAUUACGAGGAGCAAGAUAAUAGCAAACCGUCAUCUUCAUCAAAGCCCUUUAAGGCGGUGCUUGAUCCUUCUAACCCACUAGGGUUUCUCGAAGCUGCUUUCGAGUUCUUGGGUAGGGAAUCGGAUUUGUUGGAGAGUGAUUCGUUGAUUAGCGAUGUAAGUGCUGUUGUUCGUAUGGUGAAAGAUAAGUUGGAAGCCGAAGAGCGCAAGAAGAAAGAAAAGGCGGUUAAAGAGGAAGUUCCAGUUGUUGAGGCAAAAGGGAAACAAGUUAAGGAGGCUACUAUUGAGGGUCCUCGAGCUCCCAACAAAGGCAAUGGCCUUGAUCUUGAGAACUACUCAUGGGUUCAGUCGCUACAGGAAGUGAAUGUUAAUAUUCCCGUACCUCAUGGAACAAAAUCAAGGUUUAUUGUUUGUGAUAUAUCAAGGAACCGUCUUAAAGUUGGACUAAAGGGUCAGCCUCCAAUAAUUGAUGGAGAACUAUAUCGACCAGUGAAAGUUGAUGAUUGUUUCUGGAGCUUAGAGGACCAGAAAUCCAUCUCUGUACUCCUGACCAAGAAGGACCAGAUGGAAUGGUGGAAAUGCUGCGUGAAAGGUGAGCCUGAAGUUGAUACGCAGAAAGCAGAACCGGAAAGUAGCAAGCUAUCAGAUUUGGACCCCGAAACACGAUCAACAGUUGAAAAGAUGAUGUUUGAUCAGCGUCAGAAAUCCAUGGGUCUUCCAACAAGUGAUGAGACACAGAAACAAGAAAUUCUCAAGAAAUUUAUGGCAGAGCAUCCUGAAAUGGACUUCUCAAAGGCGAAGAUAUCCUGAUACGCUGGUAUUUUGCUUGGCAGUGUUGUUGCUUAUUGGAUCAUAUAUCUUAGCGGGGAGGAAGCUAAAUAUCUUCUUUGCCAGUGACUUUUAUUGGGAGAGUGUGACCUUGGAAAUUUUUGUUCAUUGAGCUGCUUAUAUCUGAUAGGUGCCCUUCGAGAAACUCGGUGGUUUAUUUAUCCAUACCUGGUUGUAACAGAUGACUAGAACUUUGGGCUCUGGAUUCUACCGUAUUCACUCAAACUCUGUUAAUUUUUGUAGCCUUGCUGCUGCUCUUGUAUUCAGUUUCCUGUGUUGGCAUAGAGUUUUAUGUCUUGGGUGGUGGAUUUUGUUAUUUGCCUGAAUCUUCUUCAAGCUUUCUCUAUGUGGUUAUUGUAUUUAACGUGAUCUUUGUGCAUA